CUUUAUGUAUACAAUGUCUUCACGCUCCAGUAGACUUACGUUUGACUGCUACCGGUAUCUCGAAAGGAAGGGGUGAUAUUGUUAUGAUACACUGGUAUACUCGAGGUUGAUAGUAUUGAUGGAAAAUGCUGAGUCACUUGUUCUUUCAUGGGACUCGCUCAGCUCAGCCCACAACCGGAUAGUAACUGCAUGUGCAUGCUACAAUGACCCUUACCUGCAUGCAGCUAGCGCUGGCAUUCACAAUCACACACACACAGACACACACACAGAGUAAUAAACGCAUUGUCAUGCUAUCGAUCCGCUGAAUGUGGACUUCCAACGGCUUCUGCGCACGUACUGUCGAUGCAUUUAGAGUGGAGCAAUGCAUGCAGUUGAAUGAGCCCGUGAUCUACCUGCAAGGUUGGCUCGUCGCCGCAAGUCGUCGGUGUUUAUAAGCAAGAUGACUCUGAAUUAUUUGGCAGUAUUGGACUUGAACGCUGGUCAGACCAAACCCGUGUGAGAUAUAUUUCAGAACCUAAAACUACAGACUCCAGGAUAUACAUACUGCUUGUCUCUCUACCUCUGGCUAAAUAACUAUAUUACUUGAAUACCGUUGGAAUACAUUCGCAUCAUUAUAAUCAGGAUUUGUUUACGUCUAUGUGAUAUAUAUAGUAGGUGUGCUUCAUCUGGUAACAUAGUAUUCACAGCGAAAUUACUCUACAGUCAAUUACGGAAUAGAUUAGUGGCGCAGUGAAUCUUGGGGAUAUAUCGACUGCAGAUUACUUUGGAAUUACUUGAUUCGUUGGUCAUUCUGUGGAAUUAAAUUCAAGAGUGAUAACUUCAUCUUCUGGGAUUCUGUUCUACCUCAAGUGAUUGAAGAGCAGGGACUCCCAUCAUCAUCUCUUCUCCGUAUUAUGAUCCAAGCUGGACGUCAACAUUGCUCAACAACAGAAUUCUACGCAUAAUGGCAAAGAGGGAGCCCUUCCCAAUAGCAAAAAUAUGGACCCACCACGAGUACCCCCAAAGCCACCCGUCUCUGACACGGCUAGCAACCCGCCCAGCGAAUGGCCACAGAAAGGAAUCCGUCACAAGAUUGGCUGUGAUGGCAGCAUCACCUUCACCAGUACCAAACACCCCGCCAACGCAUUCAAGAUCGUUAGCGAACUGCGGGAGAACCGCGAUUUGUGCGAUGUAACGCUCAUCGUCGAGACUGUUAAAUUUCACGCCCACAAGGUGGUGCUAGCAUCAUGUAGUCAGUACUUCAAGGCAAUGUUUACAAGCGGGUUUCACGAGUGCUCUAAGCAGAGUAUUGAGAUCAAGGACGUACACCCGUGCGUCUUCUCACGGAUAAUGGACUUCAUCUACACCUCAGAGAUCACCAUCACCGAGUGUAGCGUUCUGGAGCUUUUACCCAAAGCAAUCAUGUUCCAGAUAACAGACAUUGUGGAUGCAUGCUGUAAUUUUCUGGAGCACCAGUUGGACCCAACAAACUGUAUAGGAAUUUCAAUGUACGCGGAGGAGCACAGUUUACGUAGUCUGUCAGAACAGGCAAGCAUGUUUGUGUUCCGUCACUUCUGUGAAGUAUCUCAAUCGGAAGAAUUCAUGAACCUCAAUCUGGUGCAGCUUUUAACGGUCAUCAAGCAUGACAAGCUCAACGUAUGGUGCGAGUCGGAGGUCUACGACGCCUGCCUCAGGUGGGUGCGGCACAAAGAGGACGAGCGUAGGCCGUGCCUAGAGAAACUCUUCAACUGCGGGGCGAUCCGUGUUGAGCACCUCUCACCAGCAUUCCUCAAGAGGCAAUUAGAUCGUUGCGACAUUCUCAGGGACGAGCCAAAGUGCAAAGACUACCUGUCCAAAAUCUUCCAAGAACUGCAGCUGCACAAGUCCUUCAAGACGCCCAAACGGAACCCCAUCUCAGCCUGCGUCAUCUACACCGCCGGGGGCUACCUCCGCCAGUCUUUGACGACUGUGGAAUGUUACAACCCUGAGGAGGACCGAUGGCUCAGGUUAGCCGACCUCCCGGAGCCGAGAAGCGGACUCAGUGCAGCAACCAUACAUGGUAUAUUUUAUGUGGUAGGGGGAAGGAACAAUACUGCAGAGGCUAACACGGACUCCAAUCGCCUUGAUGCGUACAAUCCCCUCAAUAAUCAAUGGAAAACACUCCCUCCCAUGAACCACCCUAGGAACAGAGUGGCUGUAGCGGUACUAGAUGGACUAUUAUAUUCAGUGGGAGGCUCGCAUCAAUGUAAUCAACACAACAGCGCAGAAAGGUAUAACCCAGACGAUGAGAAAUGGUCCAUGAUUGCCCCCAUGCACACCAAGAGGAUAGGGGUCGGGUGUGCCGUGGUCAACAGGUUGCUCUACGCUGUCGGGGGAUUCGAUGGGGUCAACCGUCUCAACACGGUGGAGUGCUACCAUACUGAGAACGACGAGUGGACGAUGGUGAGCGCCAUGAACACCAGGCGCAGUGGAGCAGGGGUCACAAGCCUCAAUGGUUACAUCUUCGCGGUGGGCGGCUACGACGGGAUGAACCAACUCAGCAGUAUGGAACGCUACGACAUGGAGAACGAUCAGUGGGAGUUCAUGGCAUCUAUGAACUCAAGGCGAAGCGCUCUCAGUGUCGAUGUAGUGGGAGGCAAGGUCUAUGCAUUAGGUGGUUACGAUGGCCAGGACUUCUUAUCGUCGGUGGAGUGCUACGACCCCAUGUCAGAUACUUGGCAGGUGGUCACCAACAUGUGCAGUGGGCGGAGCGGAGCGGGUGUGGCCGUGGGCAUGGAACCAUGUAAGACCGGCAUGUGUAGCAGCGCCGCCAACUCCAAUCGGUGACAGCAGCUACAAGCGGGGAGCAGAGCAGACGGCACUCCCUAAUUCCGACGUGGAAUCGUGCGGACGGGACGAGGAGAUUUGAAAUCGCCAAAAAAUCAUCAGUACACGUCAGGGAUUUUGAAAUUCAUGUAAGAAGGAAUGGGUUGUCUUUCAGCAGUGCUGGAAAGAUUCCUGAGGCAAGGUGCUCUAGGUGUGGUCUUUGAGCCUGAGGAUGUGCAAAUCGAUGCCCUUUACACAGCCUACCUGAACACCAAGGCGCAUUAUAGUCAGUACAGCUAUGGCACUGUGAUUGUAGUCUCUCCCUUGCUAGCCAUUCUAAAAGCCUAACGGCUUUAAUAUUUGUGUGUGUGUUUGUCACACGCUGCCCGCUGCUCCACUGCUUGGCAGUUUAUACCCAGAAAUAGCUGCUGAUUAAAGAGAAAUCUUAAACUUUUACAUUAUGCAGAGAGAAGUAGCUGAAAACAAGUUUGGUUUAUGUCAUAUCAGCAUUGUGUGAAUUUCUAGCAACAAAUGAUAGGUACAGGUAUACUCUUCAUGCAACUCCUAUAAGAAUCCAAUAUAUCUUGAGCCUGCUGUUGUUUGAAUGCACCAGCUAAAGCAAUACUCUUCUUACACGACAGUUUGAUUUUAGCACCAACAAGUUGCAUGUCCUGAACUGAAUCUUUUUUCUUUUUAUUCUUUGUGUAAAUGUCGGAAGCACAACUUGCAGUCUGUUCCAAAUUAGGCCACUUAAUCAGUUCUUGAUUUCUACACCUUUUCUUGUGCAUUUGUGUCCAUGUUUUUAGUUCUAUCUUCUCUUUUCUUUUGAUGCCUUACACUACUCAUGGACUAAUUCCAACAGCUGGUGGUGGAUCCGAUCGGGCAUAUAUUGAGUACAAAUUGAGUAUAUAUAAAACCAAACGUGCCCCUCCUCCUGCAACAAAUUUCACCCCAAAAGCUACCUGAAAAUAUGUAUAAUUUUGUUGUUCAUGGAUUAGUUUUAUUGUCAAAAACUUUUCAUAAGAAAUGUUACUCUCCCCCAUCCCCAAAAAGGAUCCUGGAUCUGCCACUAAUAUCAUAUUGGUCCAUCUGUUCGUUCAGAGGGUCUAACGUAUGUUUGAGGCAUGCUAAAGGUCCAUAAGAAGCAAGAGGUAGAUGACAAAAUAUUAGGAAGCCCUGGACCAUAUUCCCAACUUGCAAACAAUUCCCACCGGCCCACUAUACCUCGAGGCCUACACUAGGAGUAGUGGUUUCUACUCCCUGUGCGCUCCAUCACCUCCAUGCACUGCGUCUAUGUAUUUAAUUGUCUUAAAGUCAGUCCGUUUGUCUGGGUCAUUGUAAUGAAAAAAUAAAUAGUAUACUAUAGUGUUUUUGUUUUUUCUUUGAAAGAAAUGUAAUGGUAAUAUUACUAUUAUGAUUCAUCUGUCAUAUGUAUGUUUUUUUCAUCCCUUUUCCAUUGUACUACCUUGCAGUUUAGUUAUACAAUCUUUAAAUAGAGAGAACUUACCGAACAACAAAACAAUGCUCCAGACCACCUUUAGACAGAUCUGUUAAUUGAAUCAUCUACAAUGCUAUCAAAACAACAUUCAAUCAUUUUUCCGUCGUGUUAUAUUUUCUUGUAUGUUUUUCUUUUUCUUUUUUCUUUUGAUGAUCUACAUGUAUAUGUCUUUGAAUGACUGAUGAGGAGAGUGUACACAUAUCAUCUUGCCAAUGAGUGACAGGUCUUAUUUUGAGAGCAAAAAAUGUUUGCUCUCUGUGGUUGUGUGUGGGGAAUUGGUUCUUUAUGUAAUAGCAAAAGUGGUGAAUUGUCAUCAGGUUAUGAGAGUGGAGGGGUUGGGGCUUAGUUAAUUUGUCUCCAACAUACAUGUAUUUAUCACCAUUUCUUAUAUUGAUAUCAGAGUAUGUCACGAUACUCGUCCAAGUUUCAAGUUACCGGUAGCUACUGGUAUAUCGUUUGAUCAAGAUCAUUAAAUUAUUAUACAACGCCAUAUUUUAGGUGUAAUUGUAUUCAACAUUUUUGGCGGAUGAUGGGUAAAGAGAACUUGUGGCAAACUUUUUUUUUUUUUUUUUUUUUUGGGGGGGGGGGGUAAUAAACACCCAUUUUACUCUCCCUUUUCAGAAGCAGCGUAUAAUUUGAUCAUGUAGUCAACUUUUUGUCAACGGUAUACAUAUACAUAGCAACCAAUAUAGGGGGAUAGUUUAUACAAAUGUAGCCCUUUCCCUCUCCGAAUCUAUCCUGGGUAUUUUAUAGUAUAUUGUCCAUUGUGUUACUGUUGCUAUGGUAGUGGACUGAUGUCUGCCUCCAAGCACAAUGAUCCUUUGUUUGAGCUGGACUUUUAUAUCUGUUGAAAUAUUGAUAUUUCAUAUAUGGGUCAUUGGGAAUCGGGUGUUAUAAGACCUGGCGAUGAGGGCACAUUGCAUAAUGUGAAUCUAGAAAUGGCGCUUUUCAGACUUGUCAAAAUUAGAAUAGAAACAUUAUGAAAUGUGUUAUGGAUAACGAUUGUAGAUGUAAACUGAGCUAUGAGACUGAGUUCAAAGGAAGGGGUCAAAUUACUGAGCCUACAAAAUUUGUACAUACGAGAGUUAUAUAUUGUGCGAUUUGAGAAAAUAUUAUAUAUAUGUUUUCAUGAUAUGUAUAUGUGUUCAACUGUAAAUUUAUGUCAUCUUAAUGUGCUUCGUGUAUUGAAGCGCAAAUGAUUAUGUGUCACCCAGAAUUGUUUAUCUGCAUUACUGAUAUUUGUGUUUUCCCCUGCUUACAGUUUAUUUCUUGAAUAGAAAUAUGAUUCAGUUUCUCUGAGGAUAAUAUCCUCAUAUAAUACAAACAAUGGGGUACACACUACUGGCAGAUGUUAUAAUCUCCCUUUUCAUCUUAAUAUUGUAAAACAUUCUUGCUCAUGCAUUAAUUCUCCUUGCAACUCUGCAUUUGCAUAGUUUUAUGAUUUGUUAUAUCAAAAAUACAAAAACUGUAAAGAUUAUUGUAAUCUCUUGGAAAUGCAGCAAAAAUGGUGCAAUUUGUAAAGUAUCAAAUCCAAAUGAACACAGGGUGUGAGCUUCACCCUUCUUAUAUGCAAACAACUCUGUUUCGAUGGAGUCGUUCAAAGAGUCGAUAACUCUAGUCUAAAAUAUGUUUAUAGGAGCAGACAUAAAACUUAAUUUAUUCCUAAUGACAUAUUUGCUGGUAAUUUACUCUAUAUUUGGCUAAUAUUUAUCUAGCAGGAAUUUAUGUCAGAAUGUUACGAAUUCGUAAAGAAAUGAGACCAUUUGGAAACACUUAUUGUAUUCGGAAGUAAGUUUACCAUGUAAACAAUUAAUCAACUGUAACGCAAAUUCAAGUUUAACCUGUGAAGAAGGAUCCACGUCUUAGUUUUUUUGAUAGAUGAGCUUGAUUAUGAGCUUUGUGUAUUUUUCCUAUUUAUUGCAGAGUUUAUGUAUUCUUAAAAGCAUGCAAUAUGUCUUAAAUCAGCCCAUUGGAAAAAGAAAAAACAAAACAGAGAAUUUCAGGAUCAAUGGGUUGGAAGCUUUUGAAUGAAAAACAAAAGUAUUACAUGUAUGAUGUCUUCCAUUUAAUUUGCUUAAAAUCUGUGAGUUGAUGAUAUCUUUUUUUUCUUCAUGCCGAUUGAUUUAAAACUUGUUUGAUGAAGUUCCAUUUUAAAUGUGAAUUUUAAAAAAGAGAAUUAUUGUUGCAAUGUAA